AUGCCUGGUUUAAACUCCAUCGAUCGUCGAGCAUUGCUUGCCUACCACCCGGGUGUGCCACCUAAGAAGCGAGAGGCCGGGAGAACUAAGCCCGAACUCUCGAAGAAGAUAGAGGAAGAGGUGAUGAAGCUUUUGAAGGUGGGAUUUAUUGAAGUCUCACAAUACCCCGAAUGGGUGGCUAACAUCGUGUCAGACUCAUGGAAGAUGUUCUUUGAUGGAGCUGUAAACUUGUCUGGUUCUGGUACUGGGGCAAUUAUGAUAUCCCUAGAUGGGCAACACCAUCUGGUGGCUGCAAAAUUAAUAUUCCCAUGCACAAACAAUGUGGCUGAGUAUGAAGCAUGCAUCAUCGGACUUCAAGCCGCAAUCAAGAUGGGUGUAGCCAAAUUCAGAGUAUUCGGAGAUUCAGCACUGAUCAUACUUCAAACCGUAGGUGAAUGGAAGACUAAAGAUGCCAAAUUGCUCCCGUACCACGAGUACUUAGAAGAUCUGGUAAGGGAGUUCGAGGAAAUUUCGUUUGAAUACUUGCCGAGGUCUCAUAAUCAAUUUACGGAUGCACUCCCGACUUUGUCAUCUAUGUUACAAGUCACCGACGGGUUAGAAGUCGAGCAUUUGAAAAUAGAGGUUUUGCCGAAGCUAGCUUAUUGUAUGAUCGUGACUGAAGAACUUGAUGGAAAACCAUGGUAUUACAAUAUCAUGAACUACAUUAAAAAGCAAGAAUUUCCCAAAGGAAGCACUCCGACUGAUAGGAAGUACAUCACGAAGAUGGCCUCAAAAUUCUUUGUCAGUGGCGAGAAUUUGUAUAAGAGAUCUUAUGAUUCAAUCUUGUUGUGGUGUGUGGAUGCAGCCGAAGCCAUUCAAAUCAUGUAG